AUGGGUUCGUGUAAUAGCUGCACUUUCUAAAAAUAGUUGCAGUCUAACCUUGAAUCAGAGGAUGAUAGUAAAAUGGUCUAAAUAUCAAAAACUACAUUGAAUAAAGGCACAGGGACGUUUGAAAAGAGUAGAAUAGAUUUAGAAGAUAAUUAAAUUGCAGAUGAGAAUAGUCUUGAAAACAGUUAACAAUUACCUACUUUUAUUUAAUAGAGAAAAAUAACAGAAAUAGUAGUGUAAACAAGAAUGAAUAGAUUUAUGAAGGAUAUUGAAGAGGAAGUAAGAUAUCGAAUAAAAUAGAUGUAGUUUAUACAUGAUUACCUAGAUAAUUAGAAGAAAAAGAAUAAUUGGACAAGCUAAAUCAAUCACAAUAACAUUCCAUGUCAUUUUAAGAUUAAAAACAAGAUUCUGUGGAUUUUAACAGUGCACACUUUAAUUAAUCUAUCUCAUUCUAAAAUUCAUAAGAUUUCUAAAAUAUAUAAAAUACUCCAUCUAAAACUUAUUUACCAAGACAAUAUUCUUAAUUUGCACCUAAAAAAGAUAAUGAUACUGUGACCUAUAAUUCUUAAAUAAGUUAGACAGUAAAUUCUUACAAAUCAAAAACUCCACCAAGAGAUAAAAAUAAAACCAUCUAAACUUUAAAGGAUGAAGAAAAAAGUAUUUUAGCAAGUUUUGGAAGUCAAAAUAAUAAUCCACGUAAUUCAGAUUCUUAAGAUGUUUAAUUUAGUGAUCAUUUCCGUGAAUAAGUCUCAAGUAAUGCUAGUAAAGAUCAUAGUGUCAAAAGUAUAUUAAAAACUAGUUAAAAUUUUUAAGAUUUAAAAAGAAAUUAUUCAAUAAAAUCAACUUAUACAAAUGUAAAACAAAAAAAAGUCUCAUUCUCAGUAGAAACAAAUUACUAUAGUUCCAGAACUACAAAAAGAAACUAAACUAAUCUAUUAAAUAAAGCAUGA